UCAUGUGAAUGUUCAUGACGGUGGGGUACGUGUAUUUGAGUCGAUUUAGGUCCAUUUUACACCCGGCUGUUUUAGCGGAGUCAAAUUAACCCCUAAUGAAAUUAAAUUAACCCUGAUCAAGCCAAAUCAAACCCCAAUGAAGUGAAAUUAACCCUUGAUGGAGUCCAAGAAGAAGAAAAUCGACUAUGUCGACUCAUAGAUGCAUAUGCCCAUUUCCUCAAAAUCAACUAACCCAAAUCAAAUCAAAUACGUCUACCUCCGAGCACGUUUGAAUUGUGGCGCUAUUUAAUUGUAAUGGCGACUACUCUCCUCCUAGUAAUUCCGGUAGAAGUGGUAGGACGUAAGAAUAACAAUUUCCACAGAUGUGAGACUCUACCGCCUCUACACAUCCACGCAUCAAAAAGAAACAAUUACAGAAUCACAUUCAAUGGUAUCAUUAUAAUUUCUUCUGUCAAUCAGAGAAAAUUUUCGUACAAAGGAGUAUCAAUGAUGAGUAAAAAAAAGGCGAAAAUUGAAGUCGGAAAAACGCCAAUAUCUGUAUUGCAUGAAAAAUUGGCGAAAGCUGGUUGUUCGCUACCCAAGUACGAAUUAGUAUAUGAUUGGACAUUGAAGACAACUAACGUUUCCAAAUUUACAUGGAAAGUAAUAGCCGCAGGGAAAGAAGCGUAUGGUACAGAUAACAAUAAGAAGAAGGCAAAGCAAGAUGCAGCUCGAAACAUGCUCAUGCAAAUUUGCGAUGAUGUUGAAUUAUUGAAGGCCCUUCCGCAAAAUGCGGGAGACAAUAUUCAGAACCAUAUUGGCAAUUUGAGUAUGUUUUGCUCGCGAAAUGCAUUACCACAACCGAACUAUUAUGAGGAUGACGAGGAUGGGCCUGCUCAUUCACGUAGAUUCUAUUGGAAUUGCAUAGUAGGUCAACACCGAGAGGUCGGUUGUGCCCACACUACAAAGUUGGCUAAGCAAUUGGCAGCUCAAGCGAUGUAUCUAAAACUGAUAGCUGUUGUACACGAACCUAACGAUUCCCAUUUACCUGACUAUAGACUCAAUACUGAGUUCAUGCCACUAUGCAAAAUCGAGAAAACGGAAAAAAUCUUAGCGGGGGAAAGUGAAGAUAUGGAUGUUUGUGAGAAUGAGCAUGCUGAGUCUGUUUCCCUUAGGUCAUUUCACCAUACCCAUCAGCAGAUGGAAAAUCACGAAAAUGUCGACCGCAACAGUAACUUUAAUAAUCUGUCCCCUUCUGAUUCUGCUUCUGCUUCUGCUUCUGCUUCUGUUUCUUCAUCGAACUCGACAAAUUUUACAAUUACAAGUGAAGAAUAUCAUGAAAAGAAGUAUAAAGGGCAGCUCUCAUCGUUCACCGAUUGGAUGGUUCCUAUUACUUCGAAAACGUAUGACGACGAUUUAAUAACAAAAGAAAAUAACCGAACAAAUAUUUCCCAACAUCAGGAGAGUCAUGGGGUGGUGAGGGAAAUAAAGUACUCGCAAGUCAUUAAUGGAAAUAUAGAUUCAUCUGAGGAUCAAAUCUCGGUGGAAGUAGAGAGGCUCGAAGCAGAGGAAAUUGAUGUGACCGAACAUAAUAUUAAGCCAGAUAUUCACUUUAAAAUUAAAUUAGAAAGCCUAAUUUCUUCUAUGUCUACGAGAGAGUUGGAUAUAGCCAUGCCAAGAGAACAACAAAACAAUCAUAGCAAUGAAUUAGUAGUACAGGAGCUAUCCAAUAACUCUGGGAUGGUUCACUGUAGCGCAAUUGAAAGUAAGAAAAAUGAUGAAACGUUGCAGAACGCUAGAAACAAUUUGAAUCCAUCCAUCGAAACAACUGACACUCCAGAUGUUAAAUUCAAAAUGGACAUGGAUAUAACUGCAGAUGAAAGUAUGCGUGAUGAAUAUUUUAAUCAUGCCCAGGAUAAAAAAAAAAUGGUAUCGAUGGCGGCGACAGUUUCAAAUGUGACGAGCCAUUGUCAUACGAAAGUUAAUGACAAUCUACAGAAAUGCCACGAUUUUGAAACAACAAUUAGUGGCAGUAAUAAACAUGUAAUAAACAUGACGAUGUAUGGAACUCAGAUGACAUCAAAUGUCAAUGUCUGGAAACUUAAUCCAAUGCAAACAUCUUCAACAGCAAAUUUAACACAAGAUUCUAAAAAUGGAAAUUCCGUGACUGGUGGAGACUCGGAUAAUGAAAAAAAUUCAAAUAUUUUAACUCUAAUCCAGGGAAAUGGAGAGAGAAUGAAAAUGGUUGAGGUGAAGAAACCCGUCGAAAUCAAAAUAUCCGACUAUUAUUACAUGAUGUUGAUUGGACAUGGUGUAGAUUUGAAGCCCAAAGUUUGCAAUAGGAUUCGUCAUUUGGUCGAGGCAUUAACAAAGUGUGAUUUCAUUGAAUAUCCCCACAUCGUUGACCAAGGAAUAGAAAUUUUAAAGGAAAUUGUAGUUCUCAUUGAUCUCCAUUUGGACAGAGUCGUUUAUAUAGCGGAUGAUGGAGACUACAUUGUUGUUAUUCGAAUCAAUAGCAUUUCAGAGAUUGUUGAAAUGACAAAAAAUUGCGACUUUCAUCAGGCUAAUCGAUCAGUCUUCUUUAAAGUAAUCGGCAAACUGGACAAAAUGUUAAUGUAAUACCAGUAUUAUUGUUUAUUCUUAAUUACAUUUUUCAGCUAGUAAUAUAGUUUAUUUAUAAUUGAUUAUUUUUUUAUAUGGCGUAUAGUUAGCAGGUGAAGUUACCAAAAAAUAUUUUAAUUAGCAUAAAUCGAUGCAAAAUCAUUUAGGAAGU